AGCUUCAAAAUGACUAGCACUGAUACUCUUUGGAUCUCGAUAGUAAUAAUUUCGCUCUUUUCCUUCGUAUAUUCUCUAGAUCCAUGCAAGCAAUAUACCGUUAUAUCGAAUCAACAUGAGCGGUCAUCUGGAUACACUUUAGCGGCUAACGGUUUGGCAAUAUCUGACAGUUUCCUAGCCGAGGGAUGGUACAGGUUUAGCAGUGGUGGGGGAAACGACAUGGUCACGACGGCGCCAAGUUUGUCACAAUGUGGAACUAUCUAUCCAAUAUGGUUAAAUGGACGACUACCAACAGGGCUGGGAAAGAGUGUUGACAGUGAAGCUUGUGUUGUUGGAAUUAUCAGUUCAUGCGAAUCUAAAAUACGCAUCAAGAUUCAAAAUUGCAAUGGAUUUAGGGUUUACUACUUGCGACCACCUCAAAGCCAAGCAACCGGAUAUUGCAUUGGUGAAGACACAAGGUGUCCAUCAGGACAAGGAUCAGAAACAGGUUUUACUCCAUGUCAAGUUGUCCCGCAUAUCCGUGUAUCUACCAACGUUGCUGUUGGUUUGGAAUCUGGAAAAACAUACAUACCAUCUUUUGGAGCAUCUUUAGAGGCUGUUUUCAAAUGCAAUUUUCGAAAUCCAAGUUCCUCCUAUUAUUAUGAUGUUCAUUGGUUCAUCAAUGGUGAUGAAGUAAAGAUUGUUAAGAAAAAGCCAUAUCGAGAUAUUCAGCAAACCUGGCUUCGUCCUGCUGACUGGGUCGAAAAAUACAACCUGAAUAUGAUUGUCAAGUGCUCUGUACGAGUGCGAACAACUUCGACUGGCAUUCCUGCGAAUCACAAUGAAAGUCCUGACUAUGAGGCUGGAAUAUUUCCGACAGAAAAGCGAAUUCAUAUUAAAGAAGGUGCACCUCGAGAAAUUCAAUUCAGGGUCACCGUACCUGUAGGUUGUAUAGGAGUAAACCGCCAGCACCAGUGCUCGGUUGGAGUCUACCUCAGAACACCAGAGUAUCAAUCUGCUGGGAAACAAUGCAGUAACUAUGCAAACAGGAAUAGCAUAUCUUUUGACAGGCAUGGUUGUGGAAUAGAAAUUAACUCACUGUCAUGGAAUUCAAGGAAAAGUCUAAACAUCACUGGAAAUGUAGAUAAUAUGGUUAACAAAGACGAGAGAGAAAUAUUUAUCAGACUAGGCGUAAACAACUCCAACACAGAAGAUGCGUCUCGGGUAUGGGACAACGUAACUAUUCCAGAUAUUCAGGUGAUGAUCUCUGAUGCUGACAUUGACAUAUCUCAUAAACGAUGCAGUGUUCAAACAGACCCAAGAAUGACCACUUUUGACGGACUUCAUUGGAAUGCAGUUCUUGAGGGGGAAUUUGUUUUGUACAGGCACAAGACAAGGGAUAUCACUGUUCACUUACUGACGACAAGAUGUAGUGCAGAUUCAGGAGGAAGCUGUUCUUGCGGCAUUGCCGUUAAGGUGGAGGAUUCUCUGUUCGUUUAUCGUACUUGUCAAGAGGUGUCGUACAAAUAUGUCAAGUCUUUAACCAUUCCUGCAGUGACAUAUGAAAUAUGUGAUGACAAACAUAUGAGAAUUGACAAUCGGCCAUUAGGAACAACAACAAUAUAUCUUCCGGGUGGCACCAAAAUCAUAUAUAACCCUGGCUUUUGGAGUAAUGCACACUUCUUACAUGACACUACUAUAUACCCUUCAAUAUUUGAUCAAAAUAAAGUGGAAGGUCUAUGUGGAAACUUUAAUGGUGGACGUAAUGAUGACAUAUUGCAUGGAGAAGCAAAUUUUCAAAGACACUGGAGGGUUGAUAGCUCGAAUAGUCUCUUCGGAGUUAACCCUGUACUGACCCCUCAUCACAACAUACGAACAUACUGCUCAUGUACUCAUGAAAUAACAAAUUCCAAGGACCCUUUGAGCGGCCAUCAUGAUAUCAAAUGUGGUAUUGAUCAACCAGUUGUUGAAUGUGCUCAUCAAAACGCCACUGCUCCUUUCACCAACACAUGUAGAAGACAUCAGCGUAAGAAGCGAUGGGUUACUGAUAUUGAAGAUAGUAGUAGGCGCGUGAGACGAAGUGUAAUGGACUCCGACGAUGUGGUGGAUGAAGCGCCUCCUUUAAAAUAUGACCCCGACUUUGAUCCCAACUACAUACCUCCGGUUGGAGUUUGGAGGAAUGGCUGGAACGAAGCAAAAGCCCGAUCACUAUGUGAGCAGAAUAUAAUCCACGACCCAGCAAGGGCAGAGUGUGAAACCUAUAUCAACAUCACACAAAUGACAGUGACUGCUGUUGAAGAAUGCAUUCUUGACAUAAGGGAUUCCGGAACGGCUGAUUGGUUAGCAUCAACUGUAACAUCUCUAAAACGUCACUGUAACGUAGAAAUUCAAAAAUAUGAGAAAUUCUAUUUGAAAAACGAUACACAGACAAAGUCUAUUGUGGAACUAUUCAGCAAAAAAGUGUGCAUGAAUGAUUGCUCUGGAAAAGGAGUUUGUGUGAACGGCGAAUGUUCAUGUAACACCGGAUACAUUGGAACUGACUGUUCAGUGUUUACGAGAAUCCCUCCAAAUGAUACAUCAAUACCGGAAGAAGGAUUAUGUAGAAAGAGUAUCCGGCGAUGUCAGAAAACUAACAUCAUGGGUUUGUUCUACUCGGAAAUCAUUCAUGUUCGUUUUGGAUAUUUUGUUGUGGAUGAUUCAGGGAGAUCAACAACUCAUUAUACAACAGAUUCUCGAGCAACUUACCGAUCAACUGCACUCAUAACUGUGGACAUUCCUACUACUCGUAAGAAGCGUCAGACAGCUGUAAAUCAGAAGGCAGAUGGAUUUGAAAUCAGCCUCUCCUAUGAUGGAAUAACAUUUGGUAGACCAAUGGCUUUCCUCAUCUUUGAUGAUCUCUGCUUUAACUGCAAUUCAACUGUGACAUGCUCAAAAUUGAGCACAUGUAAAUCGAGUGGUAACAAAGUCACAAAGUUAACCAUCAACAUUGAUCAAAACGGAACCAAUACAACUUUCAUCAUUUCUGGUGUUGUUGGUGGUGUUAUAGUUUUGAUCAUUGGAAUUUUGGUUUAUGUUAAAUGCAAAAAAACACAACAAAAGACAGGACCAUCUUUCUCAGACUCUGGACCAGUCGAGUGUAGUGCACCACCCACUUAUCAAAGUGAAAAGAUGCCAUAUUACAAAUAUUAGUUAUUUACAUGUUUUUGAUUUCAUUGUUUUUAUCAUGAAACUAAUUAAUAUUUUGUGGAAUGACCAAUGAGAAAUAUUUGAUUUACUCCUAUAUACAUGUAUUCUUUAAGAUGUCUGUGAUACUUAGAAAUUUUGAGUUAGUUUUUCAUCAGACAAUCUUAUGUCUAUUGGGUAGAAAAGGCUUGAUGAUCUUUCAAUGAAAAGAUUAAUUCUCUUUCCUUGUAUGUGUGUGAAAAAUAAAUUUUUUAUUUUAAAAGCAAACUAAUUAAACUGAAGGAUUUUUCAUACACAUAAUGCGAUAUAUUCAAGAUACAGCGUAAAAUCUGUAUAAUAUGGAUAUUGUUGUUUUUAUAGUUGUCUACAUUAAUUUUUUUUUUAAAUAUCAUAUUAUGUAGUAAAUCAUAUAUAUUAGUUUUUCUGUGGCCAAUGAAGGAUUUAUAUUUCUUAUGUUAAAACAUUGCUUUGUGAGUCCUCUGCUAGUUUCUCAAUUAAUGGGAAUUAUGAUGUCCAUAAAUAUUGAAUUUCAUUUAUGGAAAUACAUGAGUCUAUUGCAACACUUCACACAUGAAUGUUUUUCAUAAGUGCAUUAUUUACAAAAUUUGCAUUGCCAGAUCACAGGGGCAUAUAUGAAACUGUUUCCUCGUUGUAUCACACAAUGUAUUAAUAGACUAAGAUAAACAAUCUCUAACUGUUAAAGUAUAAUUUGAGAGAGAGAGAGAUGAAAAUGAUUCACGUUUUAAAUAAUUCUUCAAAUAGUACAAAUUGACGAAAUACAUGUACUAGUAUAUAUCUUCCAAGUUUAAGAUUCCUGCUUUUAAUUUCCACACACAACAAUUACUGUCUAUUACAAAUUAUAUAUCUGGUCAAUACCGGAUGCUUACUCCUUCUAGACACCCAAUAUCACCUCUGGUGUUUCAAAGGUCAAGGUUUGAAUGCUCUCAAUUUUGUAUUAUUUUACGAAAUUCUUACGAAGUGUUCUUUAUCUCCAAGUUUCCCCAUUCAAAAUUUGUAAUACACCAUAUUUUUCUGUCAAGUUGAAAAAAGUCUGAGCACCUUUGAGAGAUGAGAUACAUUGAAACAACAUAGGUUAUAUUUAUCAAAUUGUCAAUGUUGAAAAAUCUAGAGCAAGAAUAGAAUAUAAUAUUCAUAGUAUUAAAGAUUGAAACCCAUGGUCAGCAUAUACAGUAAGUAUUUGUUACAAAAAACAAUAGGAAUUACGUAUUUCAAUUAAAAUUCAUUUUCUAUACACAGAAAAAGUUCGCCCAUGUAAUUUUUAGAAAAAAUACUUUCCACAUGGGGAGAACAACUGAGGGACACAAAUGUGAGAAAUUUGACUGGAGUGCGAUUUCCCAAUAUCAACCAACAAAUACAUGUGUGAUCUCCAAAACACCGGUAUUAUAUAUGUAAAGUGAAUGUCGGGACUCGGUGGUGUCCAGAGCUAUUUAGUAAAUUUUGCAUGUGAUAGCUAACAUCAUUCAUUGUAAUUUUAUGUGAUUUAGUGUAAAACAUUGAAUAUUGAAUAAAGUGCAGUUUGUGUGUAAAGAA